AAGUACUUACCAGUCUUUCCUUUUCAGAAAUGUAGGAUAUAGACUGUCGAAGGGAGAAAAACCUCUGUUAAAAUGUGGAUACUUAGAAGAUACGCGUUUUGUACAUUCACACGAGCAGCGGCGCAGCAGAUUCCUGUAUUGAGUAGAGUGAGCAGGGAAAAGUAUAAGGAGAAGAGAAGAAUGAAGUACGUAUUGGUGACAGGAGGUGUGGUGAGUGGUUUGGGCAAGGGCGUCACAGCAAGUAGUAUCGGUGUUGUUCUUAAAGCCUGCGGCCUUCGCGUUACCUCCAUCAAAAUUGAUCCGUAUUUGAACACUGAUGCUGGUACCAUGUCUCCUUUUGAGCAUGGCGAGGUUUUUGUGCUCGAUGAUGGUGGAGAGGUUGAUCUAGAUUUAGGAAAUUAUGAACGAUUUCUGGAUGUGACAUUGACUAAAGACAACAAUAUCACAACUGGCAAGAUAUAUCAGUCUGUACUAGAGAAGGAAAGGAAAGGUGAUUAUCUUGGAAAAACUGUUCAGGUGGUUCCACACAUCACUGAUGCUAUCAAGGAUUGGAUUGAAUCAGUAUCUCUUAUACCUGUGGAUGGGAAGGAGGGACCUGCAGAUGUUUGUGUCAUUGAAUUGGGGGGUACUGUAGGCGAUAUUGAAUCAAUGCCCUUCAUUGAGGCUUUACGACAGUUAUAUUUUUCAGUCGGGCAAGAUAACUUUUGCCUCAUUCACGUCAGUCUUAUACCUGUAUUGGGGGUCGUGGGUGAGCAAAAAACUAAGCCUACCCAACAUAGUGUGCGGGAACUGAGAGCAUUAGGUUUGAUUCCUCAUUUUUUAGCUUGCCGUUCUGCUCAGCCAUUAGUUGAGAAUGCCAAACAGAAGCUUUCACAGUUCUGCCAUGUUCCUGUUGCUAAUAUCCUAAAUAUCCAUGAUGUUCCUAACAUUUGGCACGUUCCUCUCCUGCUUCGGAACCAAAGUGCUCAUGAUGCUAUUCUAAAGCAACUGGAUUUACUAAGUGUGGCAAGACAUGUUGAUUUACAGGAGUGGACCAGAAGAGCUGAGACAUCUGACAAUAUUACCAAAUCCGUGAGGAUUGCAAUGGUUGGGAAGUAUGUUGGGCUAACAGAUUCAUAUUUGUCUGUAGUGAAGGCUCUUAUGCAUGCAUGUAUUGCAUGUUCAUUGAAGCCAUCAAUCGACUGGAUUGCAGCAUCAGAUCUUGAAGAUGAUAGUGCUAAAUUGACCCCAGAAGCUCAUGCAGCUGCAUGGAAGAAUCUAAGGGGCGCAGCAUGUGUAUUGGUUCCUGGUGGAUUUGGUGAUCGGGGUGUCAAGGGAAUGAUAUUGGCUGCAAGAUAUGCCAGGGAGAAUAGUGUACCGUUUCUGGGGAUCUGUUUAGGGAUGCAGAUCUCUGUAAUUGAGUUUGCUAGAUCUGUUUUACAUUUGGAUAAGGCCAAUAGUGAAGAGUUUGAUCCCCAAACACCUGACCGUGUUGUAAUUUUCAUGCCAGAGGGAUCAAAAACACAUAUGGGAAGCACAAUGAGGCUUGGUUCUCGAAGAACGUUGUUCCAGACUCCUGAUUGUAUCGCUGCAAAGCUGUAUAACAAUUCAGAAUAUGUGGACGAACGACAUCGCCACAGAUAUGAGGUCAACCCUGACAUUGUUGGCUCUUUGGAAGAAGCCGGCUUGAAAUUUGUAGGAAGGGAUGAAAGUGGGAAACGGAUGGAGAUUUUGGAGCUUCAAGAUCAUCCAUUUUACAUUGGGGUGCAAUUUCAUCCUGAAUUUAAGUCAAGGCCUGGGAGACCCUCUGCUCCAUUUUUAGGUCUUGUCUUGGCAGCAACAGGGCAGUUAGAAGCUUUUGUCAAGAGGCAGCAGAAUGGAAAUGUGUAAGCAAUACAUCAGCAGUAGUGAUCAUAUUGGUUUUGUAAAAGAGGUGCAUGUCUUACGGAAAAUUAUUGUUUAGUUGUGCGAGCACAAUGGUAUGCAUGCAAACUAAGGGAAAAAUAGGACAUGAUGGAAUAAAAAGAUCUGCAUAAGCGAUACCAACUAGUUGGGCAUAUAUUUUAGUCAUGUUAGCACGCCUACUUUAAGUUCUAUGCUUUUUAGGAGUCUUUAACCCUGUAAGAGAUUUUUAUGCCAUUAGAAAAUAUAGAGAACUUCUGGUGCUUUUUAUUUUUAUUUUGUAUAAUGUUGGCCUGAGAUGAAUUUAAUGGAAAAACAUGGUCCGUGAGGAUUCAUAUAAUCGA